CGGCCGCUGUUCCGCGAGUACAUCGGCGCGGAGGGCAAGAACGUGACGUUCGCGGACGUCCCCGUGCACCCGGGCGUGGACUUCCACUUCAUCCUCUCCUUCGCAAUCGAUUACGCCGUCGACGCCGCCAACGCCUCCGCUCCCCCUCAACCCACCGACGGCCGCUUCGUCGUCUACUGGGACGAGGCCAACCUCACCCCUGCCGCCGUCGCCGCCGCCAAGCACCGCGGCGGCGGCAGCGCCGACAACAAAAACAACGUCCGCGUCGCGCUCAGCCUCGGCGGCGACACCGUCCACGGCGCCAACGCGACAUUCCGGGCCUCCUCCGUCGACGCCUGGGUGGCGAACGCCGUCGCCUCCCUCACCGAGAUCCUCACCACGUACGGCCUCGACGGGAUCGACGUCGACUACGAGCACUUCGGGGAGCGCGAGACGCCGGAGGUCUUCGCGGAAUGCGUCGGACGGCUCGUGCGCGCGCUCAGGGCGCUCGGCGUCAUCUCCUUCGCCUCCGUCGCGCCGUUCGCCAACCCGGACGUCCAGGCGCACUACGGCGAGCUCUGGCGCCGGUACGGCCGCGAGUUCGACUACGUCAACUUCCAGUUCUACGCGUACGCCGCCAACACCACGGUGGCGGAGUUCCUGGGGUACUACAACGAGCAGAGCAGCCGGUACGCCGGAGGCGGCGGGAAGGUGCUCGUCGGGUUCGGGACGGACCCGGCUAGCAACGGGCUGGGGCCUGGGAAGGGGUUCUUCCGGGCGUGCCGGGAGCUGCGGAGGCAGGGCAGGCUGCACGGCGUCUUCGUCUGGGCGGCGGAUAACUCCGCCGCGGACGGGUUCCGCUACGAGCGCGUCGCGCAGAGGUUCCUCGCCGGCGCCGCGCCAGGAUUCACUUGAGCGAUCGAGGCCUACGUGU